GUACGCCGGCAUCAAUGUGGUCUCAAUGUAUCAUUUUCUGUGUUGUUUGAAGCCCCCUCCAACUCUGACCCACGUUACAUUGUUGAUGAAUAUAUUCCCAAGAGGCGCAAGUUGAUCAGGGGGCCAGAAGCACCAGAAUCCCCAAAAUGAUGUAUUGGAGCUGAUUCAAUCGGUAAAGGAUGGUCACUAACAUGUUUGCUUUUAGGAUACCAAGACUCAAGUCACUUUAGCUAAGGUUAUCAAGGUUCUCGGCCGUACCGGUUCCAGAGGUGGUGUCACCCAAGUCAGAGUUGAAUUCUUGGAUGACUCUUCCAGAACCAUUGUCAGAAACGUCAAGGGCCCAGUCAGAGAAAACGACAUCUUGUCCUUGAUGGAGUCUGAACGUGAAGCCAGAAGAUUGCGUUAAACACGGUUACAUCUCUAACGACCAAAAUUAUACUGCCGUUCAAAGUUAUUCAUUAACCAUGUUGUCCGUUGGAUGUUUUGGUUACGUCUGUUAUAUACUACCUUUGUUCUAAUCUAUGUCUGCUGCUUUGUGCUGCAAAACUUUUUAAAAAUCACUUAAAGCAUUUAGUCCUGCUAUUGUAGGCUUU